UUUAUACUAGGUAGUCGGUAAACCCUAAAUCAGUUGGCGGGCCUAAUUCAUAGCCCCGGCCAUUAAGUUGUCCACGAUAUAUGGCUAGUGCAAGCGAAGAGUUCAGGCUCGUAUCCCCUGGCUUCGACCACGCGGGCAGGUUUCCUCGAAAGUACACAAUUGAAGGGCAGGGUGCGGCGAAGAACUUGUCGCCGCCUUUGGAGUGGUACAAUUUGCCGGAGGGGACGAAGAGCUUGGCGCUAGUGGUACAAUACAUUGAUGCCCCGGAUCCCGGUUCACCCAUCGUGCCGUGGGUGGUGUGGGUGGUGGCAGACAUUCCUCCCACGCUGACCGGGUUGCCCGAAGGAGUGUCGGGCAAGUGUGAAGAGCUGGGCGGGGACUAUUCUCAGAUCAGGGAAGGGAAAAACGACGACAAGGUCAUCGGAUGGCGUGUGCCCAAGUUGCCUUCGCCCGGGCACCGUUUGGAGUUUCGACUUUUUGCUCUUGAUGCCAAUCUCAAUCUUGGAAACAAGCCGACAAAGGACAAGCUGCUAGAGGCUGUGGAGAGCCAUAAUCUUGCAGAGGCGGUCCUGAUUGCCAAGUUCUGAAUUCUGAAUUGCGGCACCUAUGCUUAACAAAACGGUACAACAUGAGAACUUGAGUCACACAAGCCUCAACAACGCUUGCUUGGAGAUACUACACUCCAAGACUUCAACCGCUCUGACUCCUCGCCCAAGACUUCAACACUAAGAUUACAGACUUGGUAUGAAAGUUACUUCGGUUUUUGAUCUCCAGUUUCACAGCCAGUCCCCUGAUUAUUGGUUUCCGAUU